AUGCCACAACUCGUAGAGCCUCAGAAUGACGAAGGAGAGGAACAAGAACCGAAUAUCGAGCGCGAGAAAGCCAUUGGGAACAAGCUCUGGGGUGUCUACAUCUCGGAGGCGCAGAGCUCUGAUCGGGGUCUCUUGGAAGGCUGGCAGAGUCAGAUGGAUGGUUUACUCAUUUUCGCCGGUCUCUUUUCUGGCGUCGUGACGACAUUCCUCAUUGAAAGCUACAAGUUGCUGAACCCUGAUUCGGGCAGCCAGACCGUCGUAUUGCUUAGCCAGACCGUUGCACUCCUCAGCCAGAUAUCGCGCCAGCUUGAGAACACGAACAACAGCACGGCGGUGGCGGAAGCGCUCCCUCCCCCCGCAGCCUUUUCACCCCCGACCGCAUCUCUUUUCUGCAACGCACUCUGGUUCACGAGUCUUGCACUUAGCUUGUCAUGCGCACUCGUCGCGACGCUGGUCAAGCAAUGGGCGCAGGAGUUCCCGCACCGGACAGCCAUGUUCCCCACCAUCUUCACUCAGUCGCGCAUGUACAUGUAUCUCCACGACGGUCUGCUGCGCUUCCAUAUGCAUUCGAUUGUCCGCACUCCCCUCCUUUUCCUGCAUGGGGCACUGGUCUUGUUCUUUGCGGGUCUGGUGGCAUUUCUUGUGCCCGUCAACGGUAUCGUCACGUACCUAUUCUCCGCUCUCCUGCUGGUGUUUGUCUCUGUCUAUACAGUUUUCACGUUGCACCCGCUGUUCUUCUUUGCCAGUCCAUUCCAAACGCCGUUGACGCCACUGAUCUGGUCGCUGACUCAAAACUUGAGGAUCGUGCUGAGGGCUUGGAUUCCAAAGAAGAACGCUUUGACAGACCCCGAAUCCCUUGCCGAACCUUAUGUUACUGGAGGCAUCCGUCCGCAGACCCGGAGCAUGCAGGAGGCCAGUAAAAAUGCGGCGCUGCAUUGCACUGUCGAGACGGAAACCCGGGCACUUGCGUGGACUAUGCAGUCUCUCUCCGAUGAUGACAAGCUCGAGCGUUUUGUAGCGGGGCUUCCCGAGGUGCUUUGGGAUUUCAAGCAAAACGAGCCUCGUCACGCGUAUCGGAAGCAUUUCCACAAUUUGAUGCGUGAUCCGCGAGUUCGUCUCGGCCAGCAACUUGCGGAUUUCAUGGAUGGCUCCAACAGCAAUCUGCUCGAGCCCAAGGACCGCCUCCGCCGCCAGCUGUCCGUGCUCCGGGCCAUCUGAGCCAUCUGCGCGUUCUCCCUUCACACGGGGUCACCUCUGCAAAGUCCAAUCGGAGAAGCGGACGUGGGCAAUGCGCUGCUCAGCUCCAAGUUUGAUGCUUCUCCUGACGUGCAGAGCAUGGUCCCCGCCGUGUCCAUUUUGAUCUGUCUGAAUACGAUCGAGUCACGGAGGCGGGAACGGACCCUCACACAGACGAGCAGCUCUGACGGCAAAGCAGUGGAUCGACGCCAAGUGGACAUACAUCGCACGUAUAAGAAAUAUCUGGUGGGACUUUCCAAAUACCCUGCCGGCUUCCAACGGGAUGCGACCAUUUCGCUCAUUGAUCAGUCACAAAUCCGCGUCACGCAAGCGGAGGACUACAAAACUCUGCAUUACGCUCUCAGACAGCUGAUCAAACACGCGUUGGACGAGACAGCGGACAACGUCGUCUUUGCUGCUCGUCACAUGAUCAGCCUGUUUGCCCACACAUCAGAAUAUCCCGUUUCGUUCCUGCCGCCUCUUGGGCCGUUCCUUGUCCGACAUCCGUCCGUCGCCGUCGCUGACCCGGAAUACAAAUCAAAGCAUCAUUACACCCGAUUCCUGUGCCACAUGCUAUGCGGGAACUUGAAGGACAAAGACAAACCGCAGGAAUCUGUCGACGCCCUCCACCUGAUUUAUCGGAAAUUGCUCGAGUCUUAUGAGCCACCAAGCGACUUUGAUACCCAUCUUUUGGUCCUGCGCACUCUGCGAACUGAAGCAGCCGACAUCCGCACGCACCGUUUGGCUGCCAUCGUCCAGUCCGUCGUGCUGAAAAGCUGCAAGGACGAUCCAUCCAAGUGGCCGAAAUUGUCGAGGAUCUUCGAUGACGAGGGCCGGUUCCGCUCCGUGCUCGGCCUUGACAACGAUAAACGGACGGAGCAGGCAUCGGCUGUGCAAAUUUUGGACUAUGUCCGUGUGGGUGUUCUGGCCACUUUCUUCGAGCAGUGUGCCGCCCGGAGUCCGGAUCAAACAGAACGCGACCUGGACUUUGAGACGCUCCGAUCGGUGGUACGCCACGCAGACAUGCGCAAUCGUUCUGUGAUCCCGACUGGACUGCAACGACGAUUCGCCGCCGCCGCCGCUGGAUUCAUCCGCAAAUAUCCAGAAAACUGUCUUGCGGAUGGGAAUGGGCUCGACUCGGUGCUUUUCUGGGCCAUCCAUGAGCGCUUUGGGUGGAUGACCGAUGUGGAUGCAUUGCGCGUCGUGGAUGUGGCUGUGUCGGAAGUGCAGACGGAAGACCAGCAGGAAUCACACCGGGUCAAUGCUCAACUGAUCCGCAGAUACAUGCAGGACCGGCUGCAUCCCGAGGACAUUUUUGCUGCCUUUGUCUCGCUCGUGAGUAAUGGGGAAUGAGGGGGCCAUCGCAGAGGGUGGCAUUUUCUGUUGAUUUGGUCUACAAUCCAUGUAUUCCGUAUGUUCAACGUGAUCCUCUUCACUGCGCCAGAGACCCUCAGUCAAUCUCGUCUUCGCCGCGUCCAUGCACUUUUGUCACGGUCACAGAGAUCGGAUUGUCCGCACCGCACGUCACGGAACUCUCCUUAGGGCAAAUCUAAGAGCGAGCACCAACUUGCAGGCGGUGUUUUGCUGUUCCUUUUGGCCAGCGACAGCUCAAAAAAUGCCGUUUGGGAUCAUCGCUGCAGCGCCGCUCGAUGAUCAGCACGAACUUGCCUGCUCUGGAUCCAAGGCAGUUUUGGCACCGGCCUCGAACAGCUUGCAUGCUCGCAUGCAAUCUGCAGGUCCUCUGGAUUGCGCCGCAUGAGUGACAACGGGUGACAGUAUGAUCCGUGGGUGGUUGGGCUCAAGAGACGGACAGACAGACACGGAGACAACCCACCAACACAGAGAAAGCGGCCAAAAGCAGUCCAUAUGCAUUCUGGUAGCCAGCCAGGAACAAGAGCGCA